AUGAGCAAGCGCAAGAAGGGCGUGUCCCUCGACGAGAAGCGCGAGCGGAUCCUCAAGAUCUACCACGAGUCGCUGGACGUCUUCAACCUCAAGGAGGUCGAGAAGCUCGGCUCCAAGGCCGGCGUCGUGCUGCAGACCAUCAAGGACGUCAACCAGGCGCUGCUCGACGACAACCUCGUCGACACGGACAAGAUCGGCGCCGGCAACUACUUUUGGUCCUUCCCGAGCAAGGCCGUGCAGCAGCGCAAGCGCAAGCUCGAGGACCUCGAGGCGCGGCGCGACGACCUCCGCGCCAAGCUCACGCACGUCCAGUCGUCGGUCGAGAAGCACAAGAGUCUCCAGACGCAGUCCGACGACCGGGCCGAGCGUCUCGCCAAGCUCAGCGCGCUCAAGAGCCAAGCCGACGAGAUGCAAAAGAAGAUUGCGUUGCUCCAGGAGAACGACCCGGACCUCUUGAAGAAGCUAGAUGCCAAGGCCAAGAUGGCCAAGGAAGGCGUCGACCGCUGGACAGACAAUGUGUUCAACUUGAAGUCGUGGGUCAUCAAGAAGAAUUCGUGCUCGUCGGCCGAGGUCGAGAAAUGGCUGGGCAUCCCCGACGACUUUGACUACGUUGAAUAA